AUGGUGAAUGCACGUCAGAAAGCAUCUGCUGCUGCAAAGUCAACGAAACAGCGAGGACGUCCACCUGUCAACAAAUCAGCAAGGACUACCCAACAACAGAUAAAAUCUACAGCAGGUGUGGCCGAAGACAUACCAGCACCUGCCAUAAAGCCAAAACCAACUCCACGGGCAGUCCCAAAGCGGGUCCAUGUGCUUCCUCCCAAAAGUCCAGUGUCAUCUGACUCGAACAGACAUGCCAUUGAGCUCGAAACUGCCAAGAAUGAAGCUGCAGCUAUACUUGCAGGGAUGGCAGAUAGUGGAACAGUUAAUGAGGAGAACGACAACUUUUUCACCAACCUCGAUGACUUGGCACUUGGCGAGCCUGAGAUUGAACAGCAAUUCUCAGCAGCAGCUUUUGUUGCCUUUAUAUGA